CUCAAUCUCUUUAUAUUCAGCCCCUCCUCGCAUCACGUCCAGAAAACAUGAAUAUGAAGCAUACGUGGGAACACCUCUAGUCAUACCAUGCCGUGCCACAGGUAGCCCACAACCUGAAAUAACCUGGAUAAAAAGAGCCGCAUCACUCGCCACACAAGACAUGCCUCCGUCAAUCAAACAAGUCAGAUCACGUGGUAGCCUCGACUUGGUGUUCAAGAAAGUAUCCAUGAUGCAUCGCGGUAUUUAUACUUGUCACGCGGUCAAUCGAUUGGGCAAAGAUACGCAUUUUGUCAUAGUCAUUCCUAUUUACUUCUCAAUCCCUCGUCCUCCUCGUGUGGUACCCCUUCAUCACGUGGUCACUGUUUCAAAAGGUUCCACUGCUGUGUUGGUUUGUUCAGCUAAGCACACACCUCAGCGUUACACGGCUCUGUUCUGGAACCACCUUGGUACAAGGGUAACAAACACUGCCAGGCAUCACAUCAAAUCACGAUACUCGGAAAGGAUUGUUAAAAAGAAGUACAAGGACGAAAGAGUGGAUAUGUCACUGAGUAUUGGUCACGUGGGGUUUAAAGAUGUUGGGCUGUACACUUGUGGCGUGGUUACAGAUGUGGGACGGCAUGUAGGUCACGUGGAGUUGAGGAUUAAAGAGUAAAUCACAAGAACCUGUCUUCACAAAAGAAGACAACUUUAAAAGUGUAAAGUGGAAGAUCAGAGUACUACAAGCUUCUUUCUGCUCGACCAUAAAGGUUUCAGCAUUUCAUUGUACUGUAAUAUAGUCUUCCCAUGUUAUUUUUACUCUUUCAGCGUGAAGUUAAAAACUUCCUUAAAAUUUAUUAGAAAAUACCUAUAUUUCUCCUUUUCGUAAAACUGAUAUUCUAACAUAUGAAAAUAUCGUUACCAUGUGUAUU